UUUCGAGAAUCCGGCCCGUCGUCGAGGUCAAGUUCGCAGGCCGGUUCGUCGUCGCGAAGCAGUGAAGGAGGAGAGGCGGUGGCGGCGGCCAUCACCGGCGUUCCUCUGCUUUUGUCUCGUCGCCUUCUUCUCUGCACGAUCCGUGUGAUUAAAAAUGGGGAUAAUAAGGAGAAGUUUCUCUUUUCUACUGGGAACUGGUUGUGGUAUUUACAUUGCGCAGAAUUACAACGUCCCAGACGUAAAGAAGCUCUUCGAUACAUACGUUUUCGUUGCCAAACACAUUGAAGAAUCCUACAGGAAGCCUAAGAAAGAUGAAGAUUAAUCAUGCUUACAACUCUUUAUCUCUUGAUUGGCCCCAUUUUGGCAGAACGACACUUUACUCUUCCUUUAAACCUUCAUGCAGCAGCUUAUUCGGUUCAAUCUCUCCUCUGUUUUAGUCAUUUAUGGCAAUUUUGUGGGGAUUAAUUUGCUGUUUUCGGGCUUAGCUCAGGUAAAACACAUUUUGAUUAUGCAACUGCAAACUGUCUCCUUAUCUUGCGUUUAGUUGUUAGUAUUGAUUUGUGUAUAUAUUUUUAAAAGUUACGUUGGGAUUCUAAUACUUAUGAAAAUGAAAUAUUUAAUCUUGUUACUCCAA